CCCCGGGGGACCCGCAGCGGCGCCGCGACAGCCUGGACAGCUCCACCGAGGCCUCGGGCCCCGACGCGUUCCUGGGCGGCCGGCCGGCGGCGGGCCCCAGCCUGCGGCUCCAGAUGCAGUAUCUGCAGCAGAAAGAUGCCAAUGAGUUGAAGGUGAUCCUCCAAGAGCUGCAGUAUAGAAUUGGCGUUCAGUCGGCCAAGCUACUGCGGCAGCUGAAGCAGAAGGACCGGCUUCUGCAUAAGGUCCAGACCAACUGUGAUAUCGUGACCGCUUGCUUGCAGGCUGUGUCACAGAAGAGAAGGGUUGAUACAAAAUUGAAAUUCACACUUGAGCCAUCUUUAGGUCAAAAUGGUUUUCAGCAGUGGUAUGAUGCGCUCAAGGCAGUUGCCCGGCUGUCAACAGGGAUACCUAAGGAGUGGAGGAGAAAGGUUUGGUUGACUUUGGCAGAUCAUUAUUUGCACAGUAUUGCCAUUGACUGGGACAAAACCAUGCGCUUCACUUUCAAUGAAAGGAGUAAUCCUGAUGAUGAUUCCAUGGGGAUUCAGAUAGUUAAGGACCUGCAUCGGACAGGCUGUAGCUCUUACUGUGGCCAGGAGGCGGAGCAAGACAGGGUUGUGUUGAAGCGUGUGCUGCUGGCCUAUGCUCGGUGGAACAAGAACGUGGGGUACUGCCAGGGCUUUAACAUCCUGGCCGCGCUCAUUCUGGAAGUGAUGGAGGGCAAUGAAGGGGAUGCACUGAAAAUUAUGAUUUACCUGAUUGAUAAGGUACUUCCAGAAAGCUAUUUUGUCAAUAACCUCCGAGCAUUAUCUGUGGAUAUGGCUGUCUUCAGGGAUCUCUUGAGAAUGAAGCUCCCUGAGCUAUCUCAGCACCUGGAUGCUCUUCAAAGAACUGCAAACAAAGAAAGUGGAGGUGGCUACGAGCCCCCGCUAACCAACGUCUUCACCAUGCAGUGGUUUCUGACUCUCUUUGCCACCUGUCUUCCGAAUCACACAGUAUUGAAGAUUUGGGAUUCAGUCUUCUUUGAAGGUUCAGAAAUCAUCCUAAGGGUUUCUCUAGCCAUCUGGGCCAAACUGGGAGAGCAGAUAGAGUGUUGUGAGACAGCAGAUGAAUUCUAUAGCACUAUGGGGCGCCUUACUCAGGAGAUGCUGGAGAAUGACCUUCUGCAAAGCCAUGAACUCAUGCAGACUGUGUACUCCAUGGCUCCGUUCCCUUUUCCACAGUUGGCAGAGUUGAGGGAAAAGUACACCUACAACAUCACCCCAUUCCCAGCCACUGGGAAAGCCACCUCAGUUUCUGGGCGACACGGUAAGGUCAGGGAUAGCGACGAGGAGCACGAGCCGGAUGAGGAAGACGCCAUCGCUGCCGCCGUGGGCUGCCUGGGGCCUUUCAGUGGGCUCCUGGUGCCUGAGCUUCAGAAGUACCAGAAGCAGAUUAAAGAGGCCAACGAAGAGCAGAGCCUGAGGUCCAGCAACAUUGCAGAGUUGAGUCCAGGAGCCAUCAAUUCCUGCCGAAGCGAGUACCACGCGGCAUUCAACAGCAUGAUGAUGGAGCGCAUGAACACGGACAUCAAUGCCUUGAAGCGGCAGUACUCGCGAAUUAAAAAGAAGCAGCAGCAGCAAGUCCAUCAGGUGUACAUCAGGGCAGGCGUUGAAGAAGAAAAAACCUGUGGGUUCCUUAUAGAGCCCAAGGACCGGUCAGCCAAUGACAAAGGGCCAGUGACCAGCAUUCUUCCAUCUCAGGUAAACAAUUCUCCAGUUAUAAACCACCUUCUUUUAGGAAAGAAGAUAAAGAUGACAAACAGAGCUGCCAAGAAUGCGGUCAUCCACAUCCCUGGCCAUGCAGGAGGCAAAGUAUCUCCUGUCCACUAUGAAGACCUUAAGACAAAGCUCAACUCUCCAUGGCGAACUCACAUUCGAGUUCACAAAAAGAACAUGCCGAGGACCAAGACCCAUCUGGGCUGUGGGGACACCGUAGGGCUGAUAGAGGAGCAGAGUGAGGGCUGCAAGACCAACAGCGUGGGGGCAGGGGAGGACUUCUCCAGUUGUGCAGCAGCAGCUGAAAGAGAAGGCGGCAACUCUGAAGGCACCAUAAGGACAAUUGAAGGGCAAUCCCCGGAGCCAGUGUUUGGAGAUGCGGAUGUUGACGUGUCUGCAGUCCAGGUGAAGUUAGAAGCCUUGGAACUGAACCAAAGGGAUGCCCCUGCUGAGAUGGGACCCCAGCUGCCCCCGCUGUGUCAACAGAAUGUGCUAGAGCCAUGUGGCACCCCUGGAGGAAAUAAAGCUACCAGCAAACCUUCCCAUGGCAGCCACUCAAAAACACCCAUCUUCAGUCCUUUUCCUAGUGUCAAACCACUGCGCAAGUCAGCUACCGCCAGGAAUUUGGGAUUAUAUGGCCCUACAGAGAGAACCCCAACCGUGCACUUUCCUCAGAUGAGCAGGAGCUUCAGCAAAUCCAGCAGUGGGAACAGUGGCACUAAGAGACGAUGACGUCUCCCAGUGACCUUGUGUCUGGACUCAGCCUGGCACGACACCCUAGGCAUUCCAGCUACGCCCUUCCAGCUUUGUUUGUCUAAUGAAGACGGGUAGAAAUUCGGAGAGGAGCCACAGCAGCUGCUGAAACAGGAACUGACAGUUCUGUAGUGGGAGCUAGAAGAGGGAUGUUUUCACGUCCACUUGAUCAAAUGGAUUCUUGGAUUAUUUUUUUCCAGGAAAAAUAAAUAUUGUGGUUUUCAAGUGUGAAGUUUUCCCAAUUUUCCUUGUGAAAUAUUUAGAAAAGAUUGUAUGUAGACUGUCAGGUGCUCUUUGUCCUGUGCUGAGCGCCUUUCAGGAUCCCUGUAACACCACCUCCCGAGCCUUCUAGUUCUCUGGUGUUACUCCAGCAUGCACACACCAGCUUGCUAGAACAGAAACUGUCAAAAGAAAGCAAGUUUCUUAGAUGCAAAAUACUCCUGCUUUUUCCCUUCCUGCUCUGUUGGGGUAGGGGGUGGGGAUUGGUUGUGUGUAUGAAGUUUCCCUCCGUACCUAUCGCCAAAUUGAUUUUUAUUCUUAUGCUAAAAUGUAGGUGACAAAAUCAAUAUGGCUUUUUAAAAACUUUCUAUUUCUUUCUUUUUUUUUUUUUUUUUAAACUUUCUAUUUCUACCUGCAAAAUGAAGAAAAACUUUCAACUGUUGAAAUUUAGGUGGAUAACCAAAUUGAAGAUCAUAUGCAGAGAGCAUAAAUGGGAUAUGCAUUUAAUAUUGGCCCCGGUCUGCUCACUAAUUCUGCUAAGCUUUUCCCGAGGUUCACUUUCUCCUCUCGAGGAAAGCACUGGUCCCCGGUGGUACAGAUGACUGAUAGGCUCUGUGUGGGGAUUGUCCUGUGUCCUCCGCCAUGCCGCUUCUUUACCUACCAGCUCUCUAGGGCAGACACACAUGGCCUCUGCCCGAAAGCCAGAACAAAGCACUGCGACUCUGUUACUUGAAUUUUGUGUGUGGUUUUUUUUGAUUGGAUUUCUUUGUUACUUGAACACUGCCUUUCUCUGAAGAAGGCCCUGUGCUUUCUAGCUCUCUCUCACCCACUCUGCUCCUGUCCUGGUCCCAGUGGGUCAGAGACAGCGCCUCGUGUCUCCACUAUGCAGUUGGGAACUCUGAGCCACAUAGGUAAAGUAGCCCUUGAGUUCCUCAAGGCAAAUCCUCCCGUUUUCCGUGCAACUUAGCCACAUUUCCUCCAGUGCUACGGGCGGGUUUGUUGCUCUUUGUGCGUGGAUGCAGUGGCCUCAGAGUUCAUAUGGAUCAAGACUGGGAAGCCAUAGUCCAUGCCCCCAGCCCUCCUUGACCUUCACAGGACCUUGCUCCAUAGGCUACACAGUCCUACCACAGCAUUUCACAAAGCCAGCUCUGAUGUCCUUGUCCCGGAAAGGUAGCUCAUUUUAAAAUUGCUUCAUGCACUUGUCACUUGGCUGAGUGAAAGGCUCCCUCUUCCAUCCAUUUCUUCCCACCAUUGUUGGAGUAGAUUCCCAUCUUCGUCUGUGGAAGACCUUGGCAAUGCUUGCAGGAACACUGUCCGUGCAGUCAGUACCAGUUUGAGCUAAUUGAUGUGUUAAAUUCAAAGCCAAAGCUAUAAUCUUAGAAAGGACUUCUACUAUGAGGGCCAGCUGUUUUUUAAAUAAUAAAACAUGAUUGUAUGAGCUUUGUUUUUGAACAUAAAACAGAAGAAUGGCAUAAACAUCGAGAAAAGCCAUUUAAUCCUCUUGGUUGUAUUUUUAUCCCCCAAGGAACAGAAGAUGGGAAGUAUGAUUUGUCAGUCCUUCCUUGCAGUUUUGGCCUUGGGUUCUGCACUCUCUGAAGUUAGUGUGCAGCUUCUCAAUGAGCAGCAGCACCCACAGCCUGCUUUGGGGGAAGGGUGUGCGAGGGAGAGGCGCGUUCUUUUCAUGCCUCCCCGACAGGAUGAGACCUAUGGCAUUUUCCAAAGCUAAGCAAAUGAUAGAAUUUCCUUCCGUCUGCUAACCUUUAAGAAUGAAUCCACCUCAUCAUCGCACUCCAUCCCAUCCUGAGUAAGUCAGACCCAUUGCGUUCCCCUUGGGGAUUGUCUGGCUCCAAUAGUUUUGCUCUUUCCUCUAGGGGGGAAGAGCUCCCCUGGCUCCCUGCAGGUCUGAGUUGGGGAGGUGGGUAGUAGAUGGAGCUGUCUGCCAGCUGUCCUAGUGCUGGCGCUGCAUUCUGCACCCUGUCUGCAUUUCUUUGCGCCUGUUUCCCAGGAUAGGUCUUCCUGAGAAAGGGAUGGAGGAGAUGGCCUGUGAUUUGGAACCAGUAAGUACUGGUUGAAUGGUUGAAAAAGAUAAUAGUCCUUUGAAAACAAAAAUGACUUUGUUGCAAUUUUAAAACUUCAGCUAAUUCCUGUUAAAACAGUCUGUACCAAUAAAGCAUGCAUUGUACCAAGUAAUCAGUGUGAAUCCAUCAAAUUCUCAGCCUUGCUUACUUUACAAAAUCAGUGUGAGUAGCAUAGACCACACAGCAUGCACGAAGACCAGUUUGGACUUGCUAUCUUCCCUGUGUCCUGCACACUGUAUGCAAACACCAGAAGUACUUAACAAGUAGCAUCUUAUUUCUAGCUAUGUUUGUACUUUCUGCACUUUUUUUGAGAGUCAACUCUGCACCUCAGUCCUCUUUUAAAAGCCUCUAGAUAAUCUAAGCCUAGUUUGUAAUGUUGACCAAUGAACUGUAACGGUUUGAAACACUGUAUUCCCUUUUUUUUUUUUUUUUUGGUGUGUGUGUGUGUGUGUGUCGUUUCGAAAAAUUGUACUGA